AGACACUCAGUACAGUAAUAUUGCGGUUAUAAUUGCAAUGACUAGUGUACUUAAUAUUUCAAUGAAAAUAUUAUUAUUUUUAUUUAUUAUUGUGGUAACAGAGGGUUCAAAAUGCCCACAAUUAAGAAAACCGCAUGAUAAUAGUUGUAGUAAAUUCUAUGAUUGUAUUAAUUUACCUAACGGUGGAUAUGUUUGGGCACCGGCAAAAUGUACUGAUGGUCUUGUUUUUCAACCACAUCUACUGCUAUGUGUACUACCAGGUGACAAUUGGACAUGUGACGACAGUGAAUUAAUAAACAACCAAGUUUCAAACAAUAAAAUUGUAAUUCUCGAAUCAAACAACCAAACUGGAAUCGAUAGUCGACCAAAAACUGAGGAACUAAUUAACGACCUAUCACCCAAAUUAAAUACUUUCAAUGGUCUAAGUAAUUUACAGUUAAUUAUCCCAUAUACACUGAAUGGAGUCAACGCUACCAAUAAAAAAGAAGCUUUCGAAAUCUUGAUACCAAUGAAACAAUCGACAAAUAAUUCAAACAAUAAAAAUAAUAAAGACAACAGCAAAGAAUAUUUGAAUAAAAUAAUUUUUUAUCAACAUAUCGGACCUUCUAUAAAACAGUUCAUAUCUUUACCAACUAGAGAUUAUUUCAGAGUGAAUCAUAAUGAUUUAUUUAAUUAUCUUGUUGAAAAAUAUACUCUAAGUCAUAAGUCAUCAUCAUCAAAUAGCCCAAUAGUUAAUGAAUUUAAUGAUAAUACUACGAAUGAAAUGAAAUUCGAUGAAAUUACGGGAGUAAAUUCCAGUGAAAUGAUUUCAUUGCAAUCGAAUUUAAAUAUAAAUAUAAAUAAUAUCGAUGAAAUCGAUGAAUUGACAAAUGUUUUACUUAUAAAAGGUAAUUUAGGAGAAAAACAAUACGUGACUAUUGAUAAAUAUAAAUCAUUAGCUUGUGAAUUGAAUGUCGAGAUACUAAAAGUUAUUCCUUGUAUGCGAGGACUGAGACUACCGAAUACUACUGAUUGUAUGAAAUAUUAUACUUGUAACAUUGAAAUGGCCAAUGCACAAGUUUAUGACUUUACUUGCCCGCCUUACACGGCCUUCAAUACUCAAUUGAGUAUUUGCGAUACGCAAAAGUAUAAAAUGUGUAAGAAAAAUCAUAAAAGUAAUGGGAGAGACAAAGAACAAGAGGUAACGGUUAUUUCAAAUGUUGGUGAUGAUUAUGUUGGAGAUGAGUACAAUGACACUGAGGAUGAGGAUGAGGAUAAGGCGGAAAAUGAAAAUGAUAAAGUAGACAACCCAUGUGAGACAACAGGUAAAUUUUCGGAUCGUACUUCGGAAAACUCUUACUACCUCUGCUAUUCGUCGGAAGCUUCAGGAAAUAUUGAGUCUAUUCGCAUGGUUUGUCCAAAUGAUUUGAUUUUUUGUCAAGAAAGAAAAGUCUGUACUGCUAAACGUUUUUGUAAUAACUGAUAAUUAAUUAACUGUUGAAUUAAAUUAAAUUUUAAUUGUUGCAAUCUUAACUGUAUAACUUGCGUUUUCUACAGUUUUUUAUUCUUUAUAUAUUUUUUACAUUAUAUAUUUUUUACAUAUAUUUCUAAUAAACUACACGGAGAAAAAAAACAGUAACCAUUGCUGCGCAGAACAGUAAUUCAGUCGA